CCGCUCCGCCCAGCCGCGGCGGGUCGGACGUCCGGAGCCCGCGGGUUCCUGGCCGAGAGUGGGCCAGCAGCUGCCUGGAGCAUGAGGAUGGCUGUGCGGCUGGGGUUCAGAAGCUCUGUGUUCCAUUCCGCUCUGCUCCCCAGCUAAGGUCCCAGGAGGCAUCCCCCAUCCAGCGGCCAGGAGAGCAGAGGGUGGCGGUAGUGGCCAUCAUGCACAGUGGUAUCGCAUCUGCCAAAAGUGCCCCGCGCUGCCCCUGAGUUCAGCCCAAGUUCAAGUCCAGCGCCCACAAGCCCACUUGCACCAUGAGCCAUGGGCCGAGCCCCCGGCUGACCGAGUCCCCGCAGCUGUCCAAAGGCAGCCUCCUGACCAUCCUAGGCAGCCCAUCACCGGAGCGUAUGGGGCCAGCGGACUCACUGCCACCGACGCCGCCCAGCGGCACUCCGUCCCCGGGUCCGCCCCCCGGCCUGCCGCUGCCCCCGGCGCCGGUGCUGCUAGCCGAUGGGGACUGGGAGAGUCGCGAGGAGCUGAGGCUGCGGGAGCUGGAGGAGGCGCGCGCGCGGGCGGCGCAGAUGGAGAAGACCAUGCGUUGGUGGUCGGACUGCACUGCCAACUGGCGUGAGAAGUGGAGCAAGGUGCGCGCAGAGCGCAACCGCGCACGUGAAGAAGUGCGCCAGCUGCGCCAGCGCCUGGACGCGCUCACCAAGGAGCUGGCUGGCGCCCGCCGCGAGCGCCAGGAGGCACAGGGCGAGUGCGAGGCGCGGGGCCGGGAGCUGGCGCGGCUGCGGGGUGCCCGGGGAACCGCUGACCCAACGCCCGAUGGACCCGAGACAGAGCCUGAGCGGGAGCACGAGCCUGUGCGCGAUGUCGGGGCAGAGAGACCGCAGAGCAGCCAGGAGCUGGAGCUGGUGGAGAGCCUGCUGAAGAGCAGACCAGAGGAGCCCGAAGGCUGCUGGGAGGCACGCAGUGUGGGGGCCGGGGGCCCACGGGGCAGCUCGGGCCGCCAGGAGCGCAGCCGGCUGCCCUGGGAAGACACAGCUGCCAUCGAGGAGGAUGCCUCCAAGUUGACUGCCCUACGGCUGCGGCUGGAUGAGUCCCAGAAGGUGCUGCUCAAGGAACGAGAAGAUAAACUGGCACUGAGCAGGAACAUUGAGAAGCUAGAGGGGGAACUCAGCCAGUGGAAGAUCAAGUACGAGGAGCUGAGCAAGACAAAACAGGAGAUGCUCAAGCAACUCAGCAUCCUGAAGGAGGCUCACCAGGAUGAGCUGGGCCGCAUGUCUGAAGACCUGGAGGACGAGUUGGGCGCGAGGUCCAGCAUGGACAGGAAGAUGGCUGAGCUGAGGGGCGAGAUGGAGCGACUGCAGGCAGAGAAUGCAGCCGAGUGGGGUCGCCGAGAGCGGCUGGAGACUGAGAAGCUGGGCCUGGAGCGGGAGAACAAGAAGCUUCGGGCACAGGUCGGGGACCUGGAGGAGGCCCUGGCCCGGCGGCGGCGGCAAACAGCCAGCGUGCUGGACUGUGACCUACGGGCCAGCCAGGCUGCACUCUUCGAGAAGAACAAGGAGCUGGCGGACCUGAAGCAUGUACAUGGCAAGCUGAAGAAACAGUUCCAGGAGAAGGUGGCAGAGUUGGCACAUGCCAACCGGCGGGUGGAGCAGCACGAGGCAGAGGUGAAGAAGCUGCGGCUGCGAGUGGAGGAGCUCAAGAAGGAGCUGGCCCAGGCUGAGGAUGAGCUGGAUGAGGCCCACAACCAGGCACGUAAGCUGCAGCGGUCGCUGGACGAGCAGACGGAGCAGAGCGAGAACCUGCAGGUGCAGCUAGAGCAUGUGCAGUCCAGGCUCCGCAGGCAGCAGCAGAAUGCCCCCCUCUUCGGAAAGAUCCGCAGUGCUCGCUUUGGCACUGAGGAAACCGGGGAUGGAGCCAGCGACCUGGAUGAGGAUGAAGACCUGCAGAUCCAGGUGGCCUAGAGCUCCCAGGGCUGGCAGGACUGGCCCAGGCCACAGGCCCCGGGGUGCCCAGACUGACUGGCCACUUGAACUGAGGUGGCUGCCUGUGCUCGCUCUAGGAGCGACCCCCUCCUUGCCGCAGACGACCCCUUCUCUCCCAGAGUGGGUGUCCAUGUUUCACCCUGCAACUCCGCAUGGAAGGGAAGCCAUGGCCUAUGUUUUACAGAGAGAGAGAUUUUAUGUAUCUAUAUAUGCCUGGUGUUAUAAACACAAUACUGCUCCAAGGCCUGGUCUAAGCUCCCCGCCCCGCCCAGGACUUUCAUGUAGGGGGAGGGGGAUGUCAAGAGAGGGCUGUUGAGUCCCCAACCCAGGCUGCCUCUCUGAGCCUUGAGGGUUGGGUGGAGCUGUUCAUAGUGAAUUGUGAUAAAUCCAGUCUUUUGUAAUAAAUAAGUUGAGGUUCUUGGGGUGGAGUCCUGAGAAUGCAGCAGAUCUGGGCAGGCGGUUUGGGGGAUAGCAUCAGCCUACACCUGGUACCGAACCUGAGUUCAAUAACAUCAAGUGAUUUAGUAAAUGAAUGAAUGUGAGAAAGAAUGAGUGAACAUCUGAGCUGCUGAAUGGUCUGGAAUUCAGCUCCUGUGAGGGGAAGAAGAAAGUAUGGUACGUGUGUUAUCUGGAGAAGAGGAGACUUAAGUCUGGCACCAGAUUGAUUCAGAUCUCAGCUUUGCCCCUUAUUGGCUGUGCAACUCUGGGGAAGUUACUUGCCCUCUCUGAGCCUCAGUUUCUCCACCUAUAAAUUAAGCGUCUCACAGAGCCAUCCUGAGGAUUAGAUGAGUUCAUCUGGAGCUCAGUAAAGAUUAGUUAUUAUUGAAGUACUUGAAGGAAUGCCCUGGAGAGGAGGGAUUUGCCAAGUGGGUUCUGCCACAGGGAUGAA